AUGCUGCCUUUGGCUGGCUAUGUUUUGCAGGAUGAUUACAUGACCGACUUUUACGGCGGUUUCAACUUCUUCACUGGACCCGACCCUACAAGUGGCUUUGUCAAGUAUGUCGACCAAGCUACAGCCAAGCAGACGAACCUCAUCAAUUCUUCGUCUACAAAAGCAGUUUCUUGGGGCGUGGACCAUACAAACCAGACUCCUAACGGACGACCGAGUAUCCGUAUGGAGAGCAAAAAAAGAUAUGAUAGUGGUCUGAUUGUCAUCGAUGUUGCCCACAUGCCUUUUGGGUGCGGCACAUGGCCAGCAUUCUGGACAGUCGGUCCUAACUGGCCUAAGAUGGGCGAAAUCGACAUUAUCGAAGGAGUCAAUGAGCAGACAAACAACGGAAUGACCCUCCACACCGGACCGGGCUGCAAAAUCGGUCCAGACACUUCUCUGUUUUCUGGUUCGAUCACUACAAAGAACUGCGAUGUCGGUGCCGAAGACCAGUCCAAGAAUGCUGGAUGCUCCAUCAAGCACCCAUCGACUCAGAGUUAUGGUGCUGGCUUGAACGCGGCUGGCGGCGGUGUAUUCGCAACUCAAUGGACCGACAAGGCUAUUAGCAUGUACUUCUUUCCUCGCAACGCGAUCCCGAAGGACGUUCUUGGUAAGAGCCCGGACCCCAGCGGUUGGGGAAAGCCAGCUGCGAAGUUUCAGGGCGGCUGCGAUAUCAAGAGCAUGUUCAAGCAGCAGCAAAUUGUAUUCGACACCACAUUCUGCGGACAAUGGGCGGGCGAAAAAAGCGUUUGGAAUAACGGCACCUGCGGCCAAAAGGCACCAACAUGUGAGGAAUGGGUCCAGAAGAACCCCGAGGCUUUUGCAGAGGCCUACUGGACGGUUAACGCCUUGAAAGUUUACCAGGACAAUGGAUCAGCAUCCUCCCCCAACGCCCCAGCAGUGCCUGGAAAGAGCAGUGCUAUUCCUGGUGUACCUGUCCCAACCGGUUAUCCCGAAGUACCUACUUCGCUCAUCACUUCAACCAAGCCGGGAAUCCCCUCUGUACCAGUUCCCACCGACCAUGUCGAGAAACCCUUUCCAGCUGGACCUCCAAAGAAGCCAGCCGUAGGCCGCAUGGUGGGUUUCGAAUGGCCUCCACACAACGGCGGUAGUGGUAACGGUGCAAACCUACCCGACGCACCCUCCCCAACGACCACAGCCGCCGUCUCAUCCCCACAGGGCAAUUCUCCUCCCGUUGAAACCCCCAUCAGUGCUACACCUUCAGCUAGCCCAGUUCAGAACAUUGCCCAACCCGGCGAGCAGCCAUCACCAGCACCUACUCCUGUUGGCGAAGACCCUCCUGCCAACCCUGCCGAGCCUGUUCGUACCGUGUACCGAACCGUCACUGCUACCGUCACCGCUAGUGCAGGUACCGGAGCUACACCGACACCAGCGCCUGUCCCCAGGAACGUGCGCAUGGCCCGCUUCUUCAGAGAGCACAGGCAAAAGAUCACUCGCCACAACGCAAAGCUCUGA